CAGGGACCGCAGAGCGACCUCUGGCUGCGUACCAUUCCACUCACUUCCCCGCAAACACGAGGAUCAGAGACGUGCACUUCUCUUUGACCAUCUUCUAAUUUCACACGGGAAGAAGUUCUAACAACCUUUCAAGAUGGUGGGUAAACGGAAUAAUAUGAUUCCCAAUGGCCAUUUCCAUAAGGAUUGGCAAUCAUACGUGAAGACGUGGUUUAACCAGCCAGCCAGGAAGAAGCGUCGUCACCUCAAGAGGUUGGAGAAGGCUAGAACAAUUGCUCCACGUCCAGCCGCAGGACCCCUGCGACCAGUGGUUAGAUGCCCAACGGUCCGAUACCAUACCAAGGUCCGUUCUGGAAGGGGCUUCACUUUGGAGGAGAUAAAGAGAGCGGGUUUGAACAGAGGAUUCGCGCGAACCAUCGGAAUUUCAGUGGAUCACAGAAGAAAAAACCGAUCUUUGGAGUCACUUCAACAGAAUGUACAACGGUUGAAGGAGUACCGUUCCAAGCUUAUCCUCUUCCCCCUGAAUGCCAAGAAACCAGCCAAGGGUGAUUCUACGGCUGAAGAAAUCAAGUUGGCGUCGCAAGUGAAAGGAACCUUGAUGCCAAUCCGACAAACAUCCAGGAAAGAAAAGGCCCGCGUCCCAACGGAGGAGGAAAAGAACUUUGGGGCCUUCACAGCCCAACGUAAGGCUAGGAUUGACGCAAAAUUAGUCGGAAUCCGCGCUAAGCGAGCCAAGGAAGCAGCAGAAAAUCCAGAAGAUGCUGCCAAAGCCAAGGCUGCAGGACUUUCCAAGAGAAAGAAGAAUAAGUAGUAAAGUUUAUACUAAACGCCUCCGUUGUUAAAUAACUUUCUUAAAAAUCGAAAUAAUAUCACUUGUUAUUUCUCAUCAAA